AAAAAGAAACCUAGAUGCGACAAGUUGGCUAAUCGUGCUCAUGAAAGUUAUGUUUUUUUAGUUUGAUAAAUGUAUCAUGUCCAGUCACGAGAAGCGAUAUGUUGGAUGGGAGAAUGACAUUAAAUUUGUGAAAAAGUGUUGCGAUAUUGAUCCAUAUGAUGAUGAUCCAGAUGUUUUAAGAGCUGAAUUAUCCUGUGGUCACGUCACUGGUCCACAGACACUGACUGAAUACUGCAGAGUACAGCUGGAUCAGGGUAAAGCCGAGCUGAGAUGCCCUAAAUGUGAAAAACAAUGGUCUUACACUGAAGUCCGUACAUUAGCCAAACUUACUCCUGAAGAACAGCAAUACUUUGAGGAAAAUCUUGCCAACAAUGCUACUAGAAAGAUAGUAGACAUCAAGAAUUGUCCUGGUUGUGACUGGAUCAUUGAGAGAUCAGACUCAUCUAAUCUCAGUGUGCAAUGCACCGUUUGCUCUGUUAAAAAUAAAAAAACCUUUGAGUUCUGCUGGCAGUGUCUGAGAGAGUGGAAAGGUCCGCGUCCUCGAUCUGAUAGAUGUGACAAUGACGGCUGCAGCAACAAAGAUCUGGAUCUACUGAGAGAUUGUGCUACUAUUACUCUACCAUCUGUAAACAACAUUGAAUGUCCAGCGGUUCGUGCUUGUCCAACAUGUGGUUUGCUGAUUAACCACAACACAGAGAAAUGCAAAAAUAUUUUGUGCUCUCGGUGUAAUAAAGAGUUUUGUUUUGUCUGUCUCAAGCUCACACCUGACUGUCGGAAGACAAGUAACUGGUUUAUUCCCUGUUCAGAUGGUGUGGCUCCACGACAAACUUCAAUUCCGCUUUGGAGAGAUGUCAAAAACCCUGUGGUUUUAACAAGCAUGCCGAAUCACAUUAUUACAGUCACGUCGAAUCAAAUUACAAGCACAUUUCUUUUGAUAGGUUGGAUAUGUUUAGCAUAUUUAGCUUAUCUGUUUAAUUUAAUAGACUUAAAGUAAGUGUAUAAAACUCAUUGUGUAUUUUUCAUUGUCAAGAUCUGUUAUGCUGUGAAAGAAACCAUAAGACUGUAUAUUAAGGUGAUAUUGGUGUUUACAGCCAAUUUCCCUGCAGACAUAAAAGUAUUGACAGUGACAAAUUUUCUUUUGCAAACUUUGCUACUUCAGCAUUUGUACAGUAUGUUCUUUUUUUUUUUUUUUUACAUUUCUAUGGUAUUCUGAAAAAAAAUCUUUAAGCAUUAAUAUGGUUUAAAUUUUCCAAAAACAUUCAAUAUAUGCAAAGAGUCAAUAGAUCUUCCAAAUAGUCAGAAAGGAGCUUCAGAAAAUAAGUGCGCACCGUCUUCUGCUUUCCAAUCCUUGGAAUUCCUGCAGAAUUUCAGGAUGUCCUUAUUGUUUUCCUUGGAGAGAAGUGGCUUCUUUGAUGCCCUUAUUGACAACAGGCUGUUGUCCAAAAGUCUUGGCCGUCACUGUGUGUGCAGAUGCUGCAAAUAUUGAGCAGUUCUGCACUGGUGGAGACAUGAUUAUGUACAGUAGCUGAUUCCUCAGGAGGAGAAGGUUUAACUGCAGUUGAACGUCUCUCCUUGAAGUUCUUGAUGAUCCGGUAAAGUGAUUUAUCCUGACUAGUACUCGUUCACUCUUUCCCAUGUUCUGAUAUGAUUAGUGAAAUUAUGUCAGCUGGUUGCAUUUAUGUUUCAAUUAUUUAAAAAAAAGCACCUGCAUCAUGCACAACAAUCUAGAAACGUAGAAGUGCGAAAUGUAGAAACGUACAACUGAAGCUGCGAAUGUGCAAAACAGUAAUGUGUCACUGUCAACACUUUUGGCCAGGGCUGUAAAUUUUAGAACCAAACCAGCAGCUUCAACUUAACAGAAAGUUUAUGGCUAGACUUUACUCCCAUUAACAGUGCAGAAAAGUUCCUUUUUCCAACAUAAAUUCUUUUUCAUCCCUUUUAUUGUAUGAAAUCCUUAUGUGGCAGUAUCUUGUAUUGUAUGAUCUUUUCUCUUGCUUCUUUAAAGGUGUCCUGAA